CGCAAACCACUGUAUAUGUUUCCCAUCCAGCUGAGCAAGAUGGGUCCUGUAACUCUGUCUUGGUAGGUUAUAUGAUCCCUCUGUCAGCACACUUAAAGAAUGAACAGCAGUGUAUGUUCACUGAUGCCAUUUGGUGGUGAUCCAUCCCCAAGCCCAUGCAGUGCACCACAACAUAAUCUUGAAGACAUCUUGGGUUCAACUAAUGUCUAUAUGGGGUCAACAGGGACAUACCAAGGAGAGGUCAAUGAGGGGUUGUCUGUGUCACAUACUGCAACUCAUCUAAUGUUACAGGCCCCACCACAAGAAUGUGGACCCCCGUUGCCUUCCUAUGACCUUUGAGACUGAGAGUGAAGACCACGCACGUGUAACAGUCGCGGUGGAAUCUCAUAAGGCUCUCAGUUGUGAAUUGUGGAGUGAGGGGAACAUGGAAUGUGUCCAGGACAGAACGGAGUAACUACUCUCAAACCCACCUGCAACUCAACAGUUUAAAGACAUUUUAACAUUUUGGUAAUUUAUCCAAUGCUCUUAUCCAGAGCAGUCAGUGCAUUCAACUAAGGUAGUGACGUGGUACGCUACUCACUGCUGCUUUUGAUGCCGGGAAUCCAUGGCUGAGAAAUCUGUUUUGUUUUCCAUCAUGAAAUUAAGUGUUUCCCUUAGAGAUUCUGAGUUGAGGUUGCUAAGAGAAGUAUCUGCACAACUCCUAAAACGUGGCAUCUCAACAUUUCACAGCAGAUUAUGCAAAAAUGAUGGUCUCUUCCUCGUCCAUCCGGCAGUAUCCCAGGCAUUGGCAGAAAACAGACCAGUGGUGGCGCUAGAGAGCACCAUCAUCACCCAUGGCAUGCCAUACCCACACAACCUGAGCACAGCCAAAGAGGUAGAGGCCAUAGUAAGGACUGAGGGAGCCACUCCUGCCACUGUUGGACUGCUCCAGGGGAGGGUUCAUGUGGGGUUGUCUUCAGAAGAACUGGACUACCUAGCCCAGAGUAAGACAUCGCUGAAAGUGUCCCGCCGAGACCUGCCCUACGCCAUCAGCAAGGGUCUCUGUGGUGGCACCACUGUUUCGGGCACCAUGAUAGCAGCACACAGAGCCGGUAUCCAUGUCUUUGUCACUGGCGGUGUUGGAGGAGUGCACCGAGAUGGAGAGAAUAGUAUGGAUGUCAGUGCAGAUCUGACAGAGCUAGGCAGGACUCCCAUUGCUGUGGUCUCAGCUGGAGUCAAGUCCAUCCUUGACAUUGGCCGCACCCUGGAGUACUUGGAGACACAGGGUGUGUGUGUCGCCACAUUUGGGACCUCCAAGAAUUUCCCCGCUUUCUUCUCUCCACAAAGUGGGUUUACCUCCCCUUACCACGUCAACAAUGCUGAGGAGGCUGCAGAUCUCAUUGCGGGUACGCUGUCCCUGGGUCUACAGAGCGGUCUACUGUUGGCUGUGCCCAUCCCUAAGGAGCAUGCAGCAGCUGGACAACAGAUUGAGGACGCUAUACAGGCUGCACUGGCAGAGGCUAAUGCUAAAGGUAUAAGAGGAGGAGAUGUGACGCCCUUCAUCCUUCAAAAGGUCAACGAACUGACCCGAGGAAAGUCCCUCCAGGCUAAUAUCGCUCUCAUCCAUAAUAAUGCCAGGGUGGGCAGUCAGAUAGCCUGUGCACUGUCUGAACGAAUGCAGAAGAAGACUAGGACACCUUCUGCUCCUCACGCAAAGGAGAGAGAGAAAGAUUUGGACUCUCACUCAACCAUUGUUGUCAUAGGUGGUGUGAAUGUGGAUUUUAUUGCCAAGGGGAAAACAGAUAAGCUAGUGUUUGGACAGACGAAUCCUGGAAGUGUCUGCCAGUCAUUUGGUGGAGUAGGAAGGAACCUCGCUGACAUUCUGAGCAGAAUGGGCCAAAGACCUCUCUUCAUCUCAGCUAUUGGAACUGACUCUCACAGUGAUGCUGUGCUGAACUACUGUCGGCACAUGAACACCAGUGGUGUCGCUAGGCUUAAGGAGCAGCGGACUGCUACUUAUUGUGCCGUGAUCACUGAGAGCGGGGAUCUGAGUCUCGGAUUGGGCGACAUGGACAUCCACCAGCAAAUCACAGAGCAGUAUGUGUCCCAGUUUGAGGAGAAGCUCUCGUCAGCCUCUCUCGUGUGUCUGGACGGCAAUAUACCCGUCUCCACCAUCGACUAUGUUUGCUCCUUCGCCAAGAAGCAUGCAGUGCCAGUGUGGUAUGAGCCAACUGAUUGUGACAAGGCGUGCAAGCCUUUCCUGUCAGACAGCUGGAAAGCCCUGGCCUACACCUCUCCCAACCUGGCUGAGCUGUGUACCAUAAACAAGGCAUUGGGCCUCCCAACACCUGCAGUGCUGCCUAGCUCUGUGGAGGAGGUGCUGCGCUGUGCCAUGGCUCUCACACGCCCCCUGCUGGACCACCUGCAGUGUGUGGUGGUGACCCUGGGUGCCAUGGGAGUGCUGCUGUGUGGAGAACAUAACGCUGGGUCUGUAGACCUGCAGCCUAGGAGAGGAACAAGGAAGGGUCGGCUAUGUGCCGUCCACUACUCUGCUCUGGCUCAGACCACAGACGAAACGGUGAAUGUCUCAGGAGCCGGAGAUAGUCUUGCAGGUGGGAUAUUGGCAGGGAUGUUCCAGAGCAGAGACACUCACAGCUGUGUUAGGAUGGGGCUCCUGGCAGCACGCCUGUCACUGGCCUCCCCACACCCCAUCUGCACCACUAUGACCACAGACUCUGUGGACCCAAACAAGGUCCAACCACCCCAACCCUGGCCUCAACCCAACCUCCUGUGGCUGGAGGAAUGAAGAAAGAUCCGUUAUUAUAACGUUGUCAUCUUGUUGAACCAUCAAAAUAACUUCUCAAUGUUUAGUUCAGGGGUGUCAACCUCAUUUUUUAUCCCAGGGUCUUCAACGAGGUCCAGAGGGCUGCAAUGAACAUUGGUUAUAUUUCCUCGCUGUCAAAAUUUGCAAAAUAAAAUCCCCUAUCCAUCGUUUUGGGAAUUGAUUAUGGUCCCCGACCAUCUAGCUUUCCUUUCCGUGAUUAUGUUUGACACCCCUGGUUUAGUUCAACCACCUCACCUACCAUCACGGUGACAGGCUGCUGUUAAUUUGCAUCAAUUUUGUCAUAAUUUUCAAUAAAAUACUUUAAUACUUCGA